GCGCGGCAGCUGCCGUAAAGCAGCCUUCCGAGACCACGUGGCCUCCAAUGCGGCUUCCGGCGUCCUAGAAGUCCUGGGGCUUGUGGGUCAUGGCGAGCUCACUGCAGGGUGGUGGGGCCCGGUCCCUGGACCUGCUCCGGUCAUUGCCGCGUGUGAGCCUGGCCAACCUAAAGCCCAACCCCGGCUCCAGGAAACCGGAGAGACGGCCGAGAGGUCGGAGAAGAGGUAGAAAAUGUGGCAGAGGCCAUAAAGGAGAGAGGCAAAGAGGAACCAGGCCCAGACUGGGCUUUGAGGGAGGCCAGACUCCAUUUUACCUCCGAAUCCCAAAAUACGGAUUUAAUGAAGGACACAGCUUCAGACGUCAGUAUCAGCCUUUGAGUCUCAAGAGACUGCAGUAUCUUAUUGAUUUGGGUCGAGUUGAUCCUACUGAACCUAUUGACUUAACCCAGCUUGUCAAUGGGAGAGGUGUGACCAUCCAGCCAUUUAAAAGGGAUUAUGGUGUCCAGCUGGUUGAGGAGGGUGCUGACACCUUUAAGGCGAAAGUUAAUAUUGAAGUACAGUUGGCUUCUGAAGUAGCCAUUGCUGCAAUUGAAAAAAAUGGUGGGGUGGUUACUACUGCCUUCUAUGACCCAAGAAGUCUGGGAAUUGUGUGCAAACCUGUCCCAUUCUUUCUACGUGGACAACCCAUUCCAAAACGAAUGCUCCCACCUGAAGAGCUGGUACCAUAUUAUACUGAUGCAAAGAACCGAGGUUACCUGGCGGAUCCCAGCAAAUUUCCUGAAGCAAGACUUGAACUUGCCAGGAAGUAUGGUUAUAUCCUACCUGAUAUCACCAAAGAUGAACUCUUCAAAAUGCUCAGUACUCGAAAGGAUCCAAGGCAGAUUUUCUUUGGUCUUGCUCCUGGAUGGGUGGUAAAUAUGGCAGAUAAGAAAAUUCUAAAGCCUAUAGAUGAGGAGCUCCUCAAAUACUAUAGCUCAUGAAUUUCCUUCCAGGAAAGCAGAGUGGUGAAGAGUACCAGAAAAGGACUGAACCAUGGAUUUCCCAAAUGUAUAGUACUUUUCCAGGGUUGAUGUUAACUGUCACUAUAAUCAUGUCUUUUGUACAUUCAUCUAAAAUGAAAAUAAAAUGCAUAAGCAAGGACUGCAUAGGGGAACUGA